AUGCCUUCGCAACCCACCGCACCAACGCGUCCGCGUGAGCGACCCCGCCCGCCGAACCCGGUCGCCGUGCAGAACGAACAGCAGUGGAUAUUCACGGAAGAAGAGCUGUUGCACACGCCCUCGAUCGAGGAUGGCAUGUCGCCGGAGACGGAGAAAGAAAUGCGCUACAAGGGCAUGACUUUCAUAUACCAGGUCGGCGCCAUGUUGAAGCUACCGCAGCUUACGCUGUCGACGGCCGGUGUCUUCUUGAACCGCUUCAUCGUCCGCCGCUCCCUCGUCAGCAAGGACGGAUACAAGGCGCUUCAUCACUAUCAAAUCGCCGCCACAUCGCUGUUCCUCGCGACCAAGGUGGAGGAGAACUGCCGCAAAAUGAAAGAGCUGGUUGUUGCAUGCUGUCGGGUCGCGCAGAAGAAUCCGAACCUCCUCGUGGACGAGCAGACAAAGGAUUUCUGGCGAUGGCGCGACACCAUCCUCUACAACGAAGACGUUCUGCUCGAGACCAUCUGCUUCGACCUGACGAUCGAGUCGCCGCACAAGAUCCUGUUCGAAAUGUUGGUCUAUCAAAACGUCGAGCACCACAAGCGGCUUCGAAACGCGGCGUGGAGCUUCAUCAACGACAGUAAUCUUACCCAGCUGUGCCUGCUCUUCACGUCCCGGACGAUAGCAGCGGCGGCACUGUACUGCGGGGCUCGGCUGUGCGAGGUUGCGUUCGAGGAUGAGGAUGGCAAGCCAUGGUGGGAAAUCCAGCACGUCAAGCUGAGGGACAUCAGACGGGCGUGCAACUACAUGGCCAACAUCUACGAGAAUGUCACGCCGCAGAAGGGCGGCGAGAGCAUCUACGUAGGUCUACGGACCCCGGAGGACGGCGAUCCCCUGUACGCGCAGACGAGGCUAAGGACAUCGCAGACGCCCACGAGCCCUGCACCCAGCUCUGUCGGCAUGGAGCGGACAAGCAGCGAGCAAGGCGUCAAGCGGUCGCGCGACGAUAUAACCAGAGUAGAGAAUGGAGACGGCAAUGCCAAUGGAAGUCGAAAGAACGAAGCCGAGCCGGCGGAAGCGGUGAAGCACGACGACAAGGAGAGCGGAUCCGCAGGAGAGCCGGAUGCAAAACGUAUCAGGACAGAAGCAAACGGGGCGGCAGCAGAAGCACAGGCGCCGGCGGAGGAAGGGAAGAAAACAGCCGCGGAAGAGGACCUCAGCGAAGAAGGAGAAGUGGAGGAAUAG